GCAUCACUUGCGUUCGGCCGCCGCCACGACCGCAGCGCGAUGAAGCUUCCGAACGCGGGCUCCAUCUUCUUCCUGCUAUGCUUGAUCAAUCUGCUCAACUACAUUGAUCGAGGGAUCGUUCCCGGGUCCCCAAUCCAGUUCCAGAGCUUUAUCACGUCGUGUAUCAUGGGUAUCCCCGACAUGUCACUCGCGCAUGAGAACAUGUACCUUGGUUUGCUCGUGUCUGCCUUCAUCGCAGGGUACUCUAUAUUCAGCAUCCCGUUUGGGUACUGGGCGAUUCACUGCCGUCCGUUUCUCUUGAUCUCAGUGGGGUUGUCCAUCUGGAUCUUGGCAAUGUUGCUGUGCGGACUUGCCGACCCAGCCCACAGCCUCGUGCUUCUCUUCGUGGGUCGCAUCCUGAGUGGCAUUGGCGAGUCAUCCUUCCAAGCCAUCGUACCUUCUUUCAUCGAGGAUUUUGCGCCAGCAUCCAAACGAACGCUGUGGCUUGGAAUCUUUUACUGCGGCAUCACGAUUGGCACGGCGACGGGGUACUUCUACAGCGCCCUCUUUGCCAAGUCGUCGCUUCGAUGGCCGUGGGCGUACUACGCGGAAGGACUGGCGAUGCUGCCCCUCGUCCUGAUCUGUUCUUUUUGUAUUCCCGCCAAAUUCGACUUGCCCAGCGGCCACCAGCACAUGGAGCCUGUGUCCUUCGCCAAGGAGCUCGGUGGCAUUCUCAAGAAUCCUCUCUUCAUGAUCAUGUCGCUAGGGUCAUCUGCCUACGUCUUCAGCAUCUCUGGCCUUGCCGCGUUCGGGCCGUCGCUCCUCAUCGGGCUUGGCUUGUUUGAAGAAAGCUCCGCUGCGAUGGUGUUUGGCGGAAUCAUCGUUGUCGCUGGAACGAUCGGGACCCUCAUGGGUGGAUUUCUUCUGGACCGCAGCUGCACUACCGCCAACAACGACUUGUUUCGGCUAGGGAUGGCGACCCGUCAAGCACUGGGCUUCCUCUCGAUCGGCACGGCAACCCUCCUGGUGUCGUGGGUGUGCCUCGACCAAGAUUUGAACAUGGUGAGCAUGGUGCUACUCGCAGUCGCGCUCACGUUCCUCUUUGGGUGUGUGCCUGCGUCGAUCGUGGCGCUGUUGCUCUCGGUGGAGAAGCGAAAGCGCGGCCUCGCGCUUGGCAUCAACACCAUGAUGUCGCAUCUCCUCGGCGAUGUCCCAUCGCCGGUCGUGCUCGGGAUGUUCAAAGACUACCAUGCGCCGCAGUGCCGUACCAUUCCAAACGACGUGGUGCUGCACCCCGACUGCGCCAACGACCGCCGCGGCCUGAAACUCACGCUCCUGUUUCCAUACGCCUGGCUGUUGUGGGGCAUCGUCCUCGCUGGCGUCGGCGUGUGCCUCGCCAAGAAGCGGCGACUACCCGAUGUUCCCGCGCGUCCUGUUAUAUUGAGCGGCGAGGAUGCGGCAGCCCAAGCCAACGACCCCAUCGACAUGUCCAAGCCAGAAGAAGCGACCGACUGCUGGGACGAUGUCGUUGCGGCGUCGUCGUCGUCCACCAUCGUGUUGUAGUGCAUGGCAAUGCACAUGUUGUAAAUUAGAGAACAGGACCCUCUCAAGCGGUGGUCAUGUCGUGCAUUUAUGUGGACACGACAGUCGGACUUGGGC